AUGGCUACUAGUCGCCGUGUCCUUUUUCCAAUUGACGCCAGUGACAAUUGCCAGAGGGCUUUCAAGUGGUAUGAAGUAAAUUUGCGGAAGCCCAAUGAUCUUGUUUACUUUGUUCAUGUAAUUGAACCAGUUUACACCACUCCAGCUAUCGGCUUGGCCAUGGAGUCUCCUCCGUUGAUGGUUGAUGACAUGACCCGCGUAAUGGAGGAGAGUAUAGCGGCUGGCAAAAAACUUGGCCAGAAGUACAUGCAGAUGGCUAAGGACGAGAAUAUAGAGUGCAAGGCGUUCCUUCACGUGGACACUAAGCCCGGAGCAGCAAUCGUCAAGUCUGCUACCGACCACAAGGCAGAUAUCAUCGUAAUUGGUUCUCGAGGUCUCGGCGCAAUCAAGCGCACCUUCCUGGGCAGCGUGAGCGACUACAUUGUGCACAACGCCUCGAUUCCAGUUGCGAUUGUUCCACCGGGCCUCUGA